CACACAAGCUUGGAUCAGAGCGAAAGCACGGAGACACACUUUGCGAGGAAGAAGAAGAAGAAGCAGUAGCAGAGCUUAGUUUGCUAUUCGCAAUGGACGAAGAAGAGCUAUGGAAAUGUCGAAAUCACCCCUUGAAGCGAAGAAGCACCGGUGUCUGCCCUCUCUGUCUCAGAGAUCGUCUCCUUCGCCUCUGCCCCGAAUGCGCUAACGUUCGGCCGUGCUCGUGCUGCUACUCAUCUUCUUCUUCUUCUUCUUCAUCUUCCUCUUCGUUUUCUCUUUCCUCCUCUAUCGACGCUCCCAAAUCCAGCGCCGAAAUCGGAGUACGAACCGUCGGAUCCUUUUCCAAUCUUAUCGACUGCGAUCCUGCUUUCCAACGGUCCAGAUCCACUACCUUUAGCUUCAUCCGACGCAGACCGUCCCAUAAGGACGCCGUAGCACUGAUUCCACCUGUUGUGAGUCGUACCAGAUCAUCACUGUGGCCGCCUGUAUUCAAGUCUUCAACAAAGACGAAGAAAGCAGAUGAAGUAAAGGAAGAGAAAGAGAACCUACAGAUUGAAAACAUGAAGAUGAUCAGGUCUAAAUCGGUCGGAAUUUCUUCUAUCUCUGAAUCUGCCGGUGGUGAUUGCAAAUUGAAAGGUAGGCGUUGGUAUUUUCCGAGUUCGAUGAAGGUUUUCCGGCAGCAUAAGACGACCAAGGUUGUUCAAGAACUUUCUCCUUUGAGCAGAAGUUGAACUUUCUUCACCUUUGAAGAUUUUCGAGAAUCUAAACAGAUACAUGUUUCCUUGUUCUUUCUUUUUCAGUAUAUAAUUUUGUUUUUUUUUU